AUGACCGACCUGCCCCCCGACCUCUUCGACCAAACCACCAUCAUUUCCCUCCUCGCCACCGUCGCCAUCGUCCUAGUCGCCUACCUCACCUCCAAAUCCGUCCUGCCCACGUCAACAUCCGGCACGCUCCGCUUCCUCUUCAUCUGGCAUCUCGCCGAUGCGCUGUGCCACUUCAUCCUUGAAGGCAGCUUCCUGUACCACUGCUUCUUCUCGUAUAUGACGCCCGACGCCGAGACGGACAUUGCCAACUUGUUUCCCACACCGUUCAAUUUCCUGGGCUGGGAGAACCAGAGAAUUUAUGGGCCGCAAAGCGGUGGGGAUAACCCGUUUGCGCAGCUGUGGAUGGUAUAUGCCAGGGCGGACAAGAGAUGGGCUGGUAUCGACCUGGGCAGCCCAAAAGCAAACUUUUGGAUGAUUAUUCUGGCUACUGCUGAGCUUUACGGAGGAUUCAUGACCUUUUGCCCCGAGUGGCUCACCGGCAAUAUUAACCUGGAUGGUAGCAACUUCAUGUACAUGUGGGUGUACCUCGUCUUCUUCAACGGGCUCUGGGUUGUCAUCCCUCUUUAUGCCAUGUGGUAUUCGUACUGCCAGAUCUCACUUGCGUUUUUGGCCCUGCCCACCAAAAAGAAUAACUAG